AAGAAAAAAAGCAACACUCCGUUCUCCUUCUCCCAUUGGCUGGCCGUCGCGUCAGUAUUCCUGCUUUUCUGAAGCCCUUGCCCCCGAGAGAAAAGGCUAGUGUGCGGCUUUCACUGACUGUGACACAGGGUAAUAAAUCUACAGUCAGACACUGGAUCAGUGCAGGCCCAGGAGUGUAUGACGACAGACGGCUCAUCGGCAAGCCCCUGAGCUGGCUGAUCUCAGAGCAGAGGGGGAGACCUUCUUUAGGGUGAAUGUGAGGGAGCUUUGGACAGCUGUGGCCUGAAGGCAUUUCAGUAUCUGAGAUGUCAAUCAAACAAGCAGAGGGGAUGUCUAUCGCCCAGGCUCUGGCCAUGACGGUAGCAGAGAUACCGGUGUUUCUCUAUUCCACAUUUGGGCAGUCCAUAUUUUCCCAGUUAAAGCUUACCCCAAACUUGAAGAAGGUGCUCUUUGCUACAGCACUGGGUAGUGUAGCUCUGGCGCUCACCGCUCAUCAGCUGAAAAGGCGGGGGAGAAAAAGGAAGCAGGUAACACAAGGGAAGGAGGGCCAGAAGACAGUGGGAAUACCUGAGGCGCUGAUGAAGACAGGAAGACCCUCAUCAUUAAAGAGAGGUCCGUUUCCUGGCCGACAGAUGAUGAGUCCCAGCACUCGCAGCAAUGACACCAUGAGUGGAAUUUCUUCCCUGGCCCCCAGUAAACACUCAAGUUCUUCACACAGUCUGGCAUCUAUGCGGGUCCCAAGCUCUCCAAAUCAGUCCGCCAAUCCAUCCACCCCCUGGGAAGCAGAGCCUGUGGUGGAAGAGCCAGGAGCAGUAGAGGAUGCAAAUGCAGAGAAUCUCUAUUUAAUGGGGAUGGAGCUGUUUGAGGAAGCUCUACAAAAGUGGGAACAGGCCCUGAAUAUUCGCCAUCACACACACUCGAACUCCAGUAACAACAGCCUCGCUCUGCAGGGGGCAGCGCGUGGAGACUUUCCUAUGGGUGAAGCCCGUAAUAAAGUGUUUGCUGAGAAGUUGGAGACAUUACUGCACAGGGCGUACCACCUACAAGAGGAUUUUGGCAGCACCAUCCCAACAGACAGUGUGCUGGCAGACUUUGUCAGAGUUUAUGUUGCUCCUUUGGCAGAGAGUGAAGGAACUCUUAUCUUGCCUCAAGUGGAGAGUUUCCACAGACUUCGAGAUGAUGAUGCGACCACUGUUACCUCUGACGAGUCCUUCUUCUCGGCUGCAGAGCUGUUUGAUGCCAUGUCUCUAGAAGAGGUCUACCAGCCACUUAAGCCAGCAGCUCUGUAUGAAGAAGCCUUGUCUCUGGUCCGGGAGAGCAAAGUGGCCUAUAGGUCCCUGAGGACGGAAUUACUUGAAUGUUUUGGUGACCAAGACUUCCUUGCCAAGCUUCAUUGUGUGAGACAAGCAUUCCAGUUUCUGUUGUUAGAUGAAAGUCACCGCACAUUUUUCAUGGAGACCGGGAAGCAAAUGAUUACAGGGUUAAUGGUGAAGGCAAACAAGAGUCCCAAAGCCUUCCUGGAGAGCUAUGAAGACAUGCUGCUUUACACUCAGCGAGAGGAAACGUGGCCCAUCACUAAGAUGGAGCUGGAGGGCCGAGGGGUGGUGUGUAUGAACUUUUUCGACAUAGUGUUGGACUUCAUCCUGAUGGAUGCAUUUGAAGACCUGGAGAGCCCUCCCUCCUCUGUGGUAGCUGUGUUGAGGAACCGUUGGCUCUCUGACAGCUUCAAGGAGACGGCUCUGGCGACUGCUUGCUGGUCUGUCCUAAAAGCGAAAAGGCGUCUUCUUAUGGUUCCUGAUGGUUUUAUCUCCCACUUCUAUGCCAUAUCAGAACAUGUGAGCCCAGUUUUAGCUUUUGGGUUUUUAGGACCCAGGCAACACUUAAGUGAAGUGUGCACUAUCUUCAAGCAACAAAUCGUGCAGUACCUUAAGGAUAUGUUUGAUCAUGACAAGGUCCGUUUCACCUCCGCUCAGUCCUUGGCUGAGGACAUCCUGAACCUUUCCCACCGCCGGAGUGAGAUUUUACUGGGGUAUCUGGGAAUCAAUAGCCUCGCGGAGCUCAAUGGUGGCCUGCCCAGAGACACAGAGGGCACUUCAGGGCAUAGCUAAGACGAGUACGGUCACUAAUGGCUUCAGUGGGCUCGUACAGGCCAAAUGCAGUGGACUGACCAGUAGGGAACGGCAAAAACUCAAGGCUCAACACUUUUUCUUGUAUCUCCAUUAACACUGGAUGGAAUCAUGCUCCUGUGAUGCACUGAGAAUCAGCGUUACUCGUUCAUCCAUCUGAGUCCAUCAAACACAACUACUGUAAGAGGAUAUAUUUUCACCAGAUCUACAGUAUCACUCGUCCUUGUAGCAGUGAACGUGAGCGGAUAGAUAAUGUGAUGUAAUCAGUUCUUUGUUGUCAGCUGAUGUUUUGCGUAUCAAGAAUGCCUUCUGUAGUCACAUAAUUUCAGACGUGUGAGGACUUGUCUCUGCCUUGUUGGAUGACUUGGAUACUUCUUAAAAAACACACCAGACAGAACUGCUCCCACCACGUGAAGACUGGGCCUUCUUCGUUAUUACUCCACAUGGAUCAUAUGUCUUCUGAGAACCAGUAAUCUUGCAUUCAUCUGACUAGUGGGAAUUGAGCAGGAUAUCGCAGUUUUCGUUAUGUGAAAAGAAAUAGUGUGAGAGUCUGUCAGUAUUGUGCAUUUGUAUGUUUUAUAUUAAAGGGGAUGGAUAUUUGUUAAAACCAUGAUAAUCCUGACAGGCUUGGCCAGCUGAAGGCUUGUUCUGCGUGAAAGACAUAAUGCAUUUGUCUGCUCACUGAUUGUUCUUAAAUCCGCUUUAAUCCGAAGAAGCAUUUAUUCCAAUUUGGUUUAAUCGGGCACACAUAUCCAAGAGACUGUGUUGAAUGCGAAAAGAUGUGUAAAAUUAGUGUAGAGUGCCAACAUGUUACUCAUAUAGACUCUGAAUUAUCCCAAAGCGAUAUCUUGACCACAGACCACAGUUUUUUCCACACUUGACUUCUCAGUCAAAGUGGACAUAGCAGUAAUCCAGCUAAGAUGCAAGUGCCUAAGUUUUGUAACGUUUGGUCACAGGGAUCUCUCAGAUUUUAUCUGUCAAUGGAUCACAUGAAUAUUACUAGUUUUAAGUGGCACGGAGGCACAAAAAGAAACCACUACCCACUGCAAUGACGCAAUACCAGGUGUGAAAACAUCUGUCUGAAACCAUCACAUAGAGCAUUAUGUCAGUUUUGAAGGUGUAACAGAAAACAAAUAUCUCAAACCGUGCUCUCAGGGAGUAAUAUGUUACAUUAUGACUUGAAAUCAAUAUUAGGAUGUGUGUCACUUAUUGACAGACAAAUAUUUGGGCCUAAAUUGUAAUUGCAAUGCAUAAAUUCACCAACUAAAAAAAAUACCAAUUGUGACUUUGUUUAGGGAAAAGUAUCAAAACACAGUAAUAUGAUGAUAUAGUACAGUGUUUUUAAUGUAGAAUUUGGAACAAUGGUACUUCCAGAAUAUGUUUGUCCUGUCAUAGAGAAAUAAAGAAGCCAUAAAAUAUUUAUAUUUAAAGUAGCUUAAAUAAGAUAAUUUUGGCUUUUAUUUCUUAAAAAAUCAAACCAGUUAUCAAAAUAGCUGGCGAUUAAUUUAAUUGUUUACGAUUAAUUGUUGCAGCUCUACUGUAAACAAGUAUAGGAUGUGUGGUUCAGAAAAGAAAAUCAGCUGUUUUCACUCGAUCACAGCAUUGUAGUAAAAGCACAGAGGUAAUGUUAACGAUGGCUCUGUUCUUAUCAAGUGUCUCAGUAAGACGUGACAGCGAGCCAGCAUGCACAAUACCAGGAGGCCGACAUCGAAGCAGCUAAAUUAUACUCAGCCAUCAUUCAUUUGAAUUAUUUACACCUGUGCUUUUCAUACUACAAUGUCAAAAUGUCAUCCAUAAAAAUGCCAGAGACUUAAAAAAUACAAAAUUGAUUAGAAACACACAUGGGUAUUUCCCAUGUCUAGAGACAUAACUGUGUGUAGCUUGUUUUCUCCCCAGAACAUUUUAAAAUCGACACAACCUCUGAAUGAAACCGUGCCAUCUGCUAGGGUUAGCAAGGAUAUCGUCUUUUUGAUUUUGAUUUCAUGAGGACCUGUAAUGAAGAACCAUGCAUUGUACAGUUAGACUGUAACCUGCACUGAUGAAAACCCCUGAGUUUGUGUUUGUAUUCCCCAAUACUUGUUGGAGCACAGAGACACGGAAGGGGCAGUUUUCUUCUGCAAUCCUAACAUGGGUAACUCCACUACUAUAAAAGCAGAUUUGUGUUAUGCAGACUGUAGUUAAUGUUUGUUUAAGACACUGUCAAAUACCUAAGUAUCUUAUUGAAAUAUAUAUAUAUACAUAUAUAAUAAAGAAAAGAUGAUUUAUUUUUAAUGGCAGUAGAAGCACAAAAUGUAUGCUUAUGGUUGCCUGCGUGAGUGAGAAAAGGGAAGAGAUAUCUGUCAAAUCAUUUUGGGUUUCAUAGAUUGUGGUACUCUGACUUCAGUAGUUUAUCAUACAAAUAAGCAGAAGUCAGCUUGUUAUUCGUAAUCAUAUAAGUGUGAUUUGUGGGCUUGAUAAUCCAAAUCCUGCUCUUGUUACAACAUGCCUUUGAAAUUCAGUGCUCAGAAAUGGUUUUUGGACUCUCACAUCUGGCAAUACAGUCCCAUUGUGUUUUGUUAAACUCUACUGGCUAUGUCAAAAGUCAUCAGCAUUGUAGAAUUAUUUUUGUGUCUGUCUAACAUGAGCCAGAACUUCCAACUGUAAAUAGGGCUUUUACAGAAAUUCAUUUAGUUUUUGACACAUGUGCAGCUUUUUGUUUUUAAGCAUUUUGCACUUUAUCAGAAAAGCAGAAAGAUACACGAAUGUCCAACAACCCCCUUUGAAUAAUCAAUUAUGAGAGUUUAACUGUACAAACAUAUUUAAUUAUUUAUUGCAUUGUAGAACUGAAAUAUUAUUGAUAACAUAGAGCAUAAAUUGCUGUACUGUAGAGAAACUAUCUUUUAAAAAAACUAUAUUAUGGAAAUGGUUUAUUCUGGUUACAAUCCAAUGUUUUUGUCUCCAUCUUUAAAAUGUUCAAAUUCUCAGUUUUAACUUGUGACUGCGUAUUAUCCAAUCCCUGAUGAACUGCUUUAAAAAAGCUAUUCUCCAUGUUUUAGUCCUGUUUUUGUAGAGUAUCAAGUACAUUCGCAACAUGCUCACACAGGUAAAUGCGAUUAUGUUUAGUCUUGUGUUGACAUAUUAGUCUGCUUUGUCCUGAGAGUAGAUGAUCAGAGAUUAAUUCCUUUAACAGCCUUUGCAUGUUAACAGUGUAAAUUCUCUGAAAUGAAUCAAUCAGUGUAUCCCUGUAACGUUUAGACCCAGACUCGGCUCUAGUUGUUAGUUUUGAAGAUCCCAAUUAGAAAUUAUUUUAAAGAAAAUUUUUAGGAAGUCAAAGUUCAUGCAUGGACUUGACUAGUUAGCGUAUAUUCAAUAGAUUAUAUUGUUUAGCGAGGAUUUCAGAUGGCCAAAAUGUGGAAUGAAUGAUUUUUUUCACUGCUAUACAUUACAAGUGUCCUAUUCAUGCCUUUUGUCUUUUCUAUUGUUAGAUUACAAUGCCAGCACAAAUGUAAAUUGAUUUUGAUUCUCCAUAUUAAAUGUUAUCUUUUCUUAUUAAACAACUUGUUUAUUA